AUGGUUGAUAUUACCACUACAAACUCUGCUGCUUCUUCUGAGACUGUUGUUCAUACGACAGUAGAUCCUAUCAAUUCUUCUCAUCCUUACUUCAUCUCACACUCUGAUUCACCAGGGAUGCUUCUUGUUAAUACCCCUUUUGAUGGGAAGAGUUUUGCAGGUUGGAAACGUGGAUUUUUGAUUGCUUUGACUGCUAAGAACAAAGCAGGGUUCAUUGAUGGUUCCUCUCCUGAACCAACAACUGAUUCAGAGCUGCAUAAGGCUUGGCUUAGGGCCAACAAUAUAGUAAUAUCUUGGCUCUUGAAUUCUCUUUCUCGUGAAAUUUCUGAGAGUGUUAUAUAUUUCUCUACUGCUAAAGAACUUUGGAGUGACCUUGAGGCUAGAUUUGGGCAAAGCAGCGAGGCUAAACUAUUUCAACUACAAAAAGAGCUGAGUGAUUUAGUUCAAGGUGCGACUGACAUUGCUACCUACUAUACCAAGAUGAAAAGGCUCUGGGAUGAACUUGACAGCUUAGAUGCUUCAAUUCUUUGUACCUGUGAAGCAAGAGGUAAAAAUAUUAAAGGGAAGCAAGAUGGGAGGUUGGUACAGUUCUUGAUGGGACUUAAUGACAGUUAUUGUAGUGCAAGAGAGGAAAAACAAAGAGAAAUGCACAACACUCCUAAAUACCCAGGGGAGUCUUCUUCUUUCAUAGCUGCUAAGUACCCAAGGGAGUCUUCUUCUUUCAUAGCUUCUAAGUACCCAGGGGAGUCUUCCUCUUCUAUAGCUGCAGGACAGAAUAGUGGAAAUCAGAGGUUACAUUCUUCAGAUCCAAAAGGGCAGAGGUUUUCCACUGAAAACAAGAAAUAUGGAAUGACUUGCAGAUAUUGCAAAAAGCCUGGACACACCAUUAAUAAGUGCUAUAAGAUACAUGGUUUUCCAUCCAAUUUUAAGUUCACUAAACAAAUUUUUUUUCAGAAUUCUGUCCAGGGAAAUACAAUGCUUAGCAAUGCAGGACAUGGUGGUUAG